CAUGCCCCCGAAAUCCCCCUCUCCCAGACGGCCAGAGUGCCAGAAGCCCAGAACCGAGAUCAGAAAUCGCCGCAAGGAAACGCAAGAGUCGCCGAGGAUCCGGAGGCGGGAUCGAAGGACCGUGAUGGCGGACGUGGGGAGCCUUGAGAAGAUGGGCCGGGAGCUCAAGUGCCCCAUCUGCUUGAGCCUGCUGAGUUCGGCAGUGUCCAUCACCUGCAACCACAUCUUCUGCAACGGCUGCCUGACGGAGUCGAUGAAAUCUUCGUCCAGCUGCCCGGUGUGCAAGGUCCCAUUCCGUCGAAGAGAAAUACGGCCAGCACCUCACAUGGACAAUUUGGUGGCUGUUUUCAAAAGUAUGGAAGCUGCAGCAGGUACUAGUGUUGUGUCAACACAGCUGGCUCCUGCACCCAAGGUUGCAGAUGAAUCACAAUGUGGUGGGAACAGUGGUAGCAAGGCUAAAAGGUCGCGGAAAAAGAAGGUAGCAUCCAAGAAGGAAAAUAAUACAUCCAAGGCUACUGCAGCUUCUGCAUCUUGUCCUACUACAAAGCCUUCAAUCUCCACUAACAAAAGAAUACACGUGACACCAUUUCCUGAAUCUGAGACACCAACAAGGCCCAAUAAGAUUAUGAAGCCUGAAGAGCAAAAAACUAAGCUGAAUGGUGAUGCUGAAGAGGACAUUAAUAAAACACUGAAUUCUGAUAGACCAGAAAGCCCUUCAUUAUCACCAUUUUUUUGGCUGAUGGGAGAAGAGGAAGAAGAAGGUGGCACUGCUGGAACUUCAAGUGAACCACUAUCAUUGAACACACCCUUGCGUCACAAUGCACCUACCUUCAGUGAUAUCAUAGAUUCUGAUGAUGAAAUACCUAAUGAUGCUACUCCUAAUAGCAAAGCUGAGGUUUCAGAGAUGUUUGACAGUGAAAUCUUUGAAUGGAGCCAAAGACCUUGCUCCCCUGAGCUGCGAUCUACUCCACUGAAAAAACAGGGUAAAUCGAAGAAUGUUCUAGAUCAAAUCACAGAGACAGAUGAUGUUGAAGAUAUGAAUCUUGGUUGUUCAUUUGAUAAGUUAGACCAUGAAAGUAACGCCAAUUCCACUCAGCCUGUCAAUUUUAAAGAAAUUAAGAAGAGAAAGUUGUCAAGGGCUAGGAGCAACAAGAAUUCAAAACUGCCCAAUUGUGUUAAGUUAUGUACAAAAGGAUCUGACGCUGAUAACCAAGUUACAAAUAUGCCUGUAAGUAUUGAUGCAAAGCAAUGCAAGAAGAACAGCAGUAAAAGAGAGAGAAAUACUUCAAGUGGAGGAAACAAGGUCUCUGGCAACAGCAGUAGAUUUCUUUGCUCUAGUGAUAAAUCUACAGAGACAGUUUCCCCACAAGAUGAUGGUUUGGAGGUUGAAGCACCUGAGGACCAGCCUUCAGAAAGGUCCUCAAAAAUGGAUAAAAACAGUCGACAAAAACUUGAAAUAACAGGGGAUAGUGCAUUGAAGACUGCAGAGAAAACAUCUGAACAAAGAAGUAAGCGUUUCAGAAGAAUUUCUGAUGGUGUUGUAGCUGACAAGAUAAGAGUUUUUUCAGAGGCUGAAAAUGAAACAGAACCACUGCAGCUUCAGAGUUUCAUAAAAGGCCGCAGCCAAUAUAAAUCCUUGGAUGGCAGAAAUAAACAAAGCACAGAAUCAAACAUUGGUCCACAUACGCCAAGCAUUUUACCUGGGAGAUGCCUAUUUAAUGAGGCCAUACGCACAGUUCCUUCAGUAAAGAAUAGUAGUGCAAAAGCCAUCGAACAAACAGGUUACUCAGGAACUAUCAGAUCAUGCACUGCACGCAGUGCUGUCCUGAAGAAAUGUGAGGAUAAAGUUCCUAAGAUUUCAUGUGCUUUCUGCCAGUCUGAUGAUAUCACAGAGGAAUCUGGAGAGAUGGUUCACUAUCAUUAUGGGAAACAAGUGCCUGCAGAAUUUAGUGGAGGGGCUAGUGUAAUACAUUCCCACAAAAACUGCCUUGAGUGGGCUCCUGAUGUCUACUUCAAAGAUGACUCUGUGUUUAAUCUUGCAACUGAAUUGGCUAGAAGUAGAAGGAUCAAAUGUGCUUGCUGUGGAAUUAAAGGUGCUGCACUUGGAUGCUUUGAGAUGAGUUGUCGAAAAAGCUUCCACUUCACCUGUGCUAAAUUGAUCCCAGAAUGUAGAUGGGAUAAUGAAAACUUUGUGAUGCUGUGCCCUUUGCACCAAUCUUCAAAGUUGCCAAUAGAAACUGAGUCGAAAAAGAUGCCUCAGAGGAGACUAACACCAAAAGGGCCAUCUCAAGCAAGACCCUGUCAGGAUUCUGGUAAUAAAUGGACAUGGCCAUCUGGAUCACCACAGAAGUGGGUUCUCUGCUGUUCAGCCCUUUCUGCUGCAGAAAAGGGUAUUGUAUCAGAAUUUGCAAAAAUAGCUGGUGUGCCUAUCUCAACUAGUUGGAAUCCCAGUGUUACUCAUGUUAUUGCAAAAACGGAUCUGUCCGGUGCUUGCAAGCGCACACUGAAGUUUCUGAUGGCAAUCCUGAAUGGCAAAUGGAUUCUCUCUAUAGACUGGGUUAAAACUUGUAUGGAUCGUAUGGAACCUGUUGAUGAAGUUAGAUUUGAAGUCACCACUGAUGUACAUGGGGUUAGUGAGGGUCCCAAGUUAGGCAGGCAAAGAGUUAUCAACAAGCAACCUAAAUUAUUCGACGGCAUUCAGCUCUACCUCCAUGGAGAUUACUCCAAAUCCUACAGGGGCUACCUGCAGGACCUUGUGGUUGCAGCCGGUGGAAAUGUCCUACAGAGAAAGCCUGUGUCAAGAGACCAGCAGAAGUUGGUCGACAACAGCUCCCUCAUCCUCAUUGUCUACAGCGUGGAAAAUCAAGACAAGGUGAAACCAAAAUCCAAGGAUGGUGUCCAUACUGGUUGUAACCAAGCAGAUGCUCAGGCUCUGGCCUGCGCGUCUGGUGGCAGAGUUGUGAGCAGCGCAUGGAUAAUCGACUCCAUAGCAGCUUGCAACCUUCAACCUCUUUAAAUUAGAAGGGAGCCUUCUAUGUUGCCCUAAGUGUGUGCUUGCAUGCACGGUAGAUUAAGUAAUGGACAUAAAAUUUAGUAUGUGACAGGAAUGCAUAAUUUUAUAUUGCAAGUAUUAGAAUCAAACUUUA